CAUUUUAAAAAAGAAAGUGAAGUGAAAGAAAUGAAUUUACGAGAAUAGGUCGCAAGUCGCAUAGAUUUUUGGUUGAUUUCCUUUUCACUUUACUUUAAUAUUUUCUAUUAUAUCUAAUAAACUAACGUUUAUUUGUGUUCCUGCUUACGUUUUGAUUCAUCGGACUUGGCACCGUGCAACGUAAAACGGGAUAAGUACGAGAGUGAACAGCAUCUUAUUGAUUUUCUUUCCUUGCAUAUGCUUUCAACCAACGCGAGCUGAAGUUCAUAUUACGUGUGACGGGUCUAUGAUCUUAUUAGAGAUUUAACUGUUUUGAUACUUCAAAAUUAACCUCAGUGAUAUUUUCCCGUAAUCGGUAAAAACAUUUUAGCGAAAAUGAUGGCCAAUUCACUCGAUGCCGUAAACGCAAAUCAGCCUACUCAAAAUGGUAGUAAGGUUCAACCGUGCAAUAAUGAAUCGAAGACUAAUUUAAUAGUAAAUUAUUUGCCCCAAACGAUGACCCAGGAGGAGAUUCGGUCUCUAUUCUCGAGCGUGGGCGAAGUCGAAAGCUGCAAGUUAAUACGAGACAAAGUGACCGUGUUCCCCGACCACAUCCUCAACGGCCAGAGCUUGGGGUACGCGUUCGUAAACUACCACAAGACAGAAGACGCCGAGAAAGCGGUCAACACACUCAAUGGGCUCAGAUUACAAAAUAAAAUCAUCAAAGUAUCUUACGCCCGCCCCAGCUCGGACGCCAUCAAAGGUGCCAACCUCUACGUGUCCGGUCUCCCGAAGCACAUGACACAGCAGGAUUUGGAGAAGCUCUUCAGCCCGUACGGCUCGAUAAUCAGUUCGCGCAUCUUACACGAGAACAUGAAUGUCGGGCACCUGCUGCAAGGCGGCAUGGAGGAGCAGGGUCUGCAGGGCCCUUCGAGAGGCGUCGCGUUCAUUCGGUACGACCAGCGGAUCGAGGCGGAGACGGCCAUACGUGAGUUGAACGGCACUAUACCGCCCGGCGGCACCGGACCCAUGACUGUCAAGUGUGCUAACAACCCGAGCAACCAGAACAAAGCACUUCCUUCACUUGCGACCUAUUUAGCUGCUCCACCCACAGUGCGUCGUUUUCUAGGGCCAGCUGGUAAGGCACUGCUUGCUAUUAACAAAGGUCUCCAGAGAUACUCACCGUUGGCGGAUCCUAUGGUGCAGGGUGCUGCCCUCGGGGGCUCAGGUUGGUGCAUUUUUGUUUACAACAUCGGGGCUGAUACAGAAGAGAGUAUUCUUUGGCAACUGUUUGGCCCCUUCGGAGCCGUCCAGAGCGUUAAAAUCAUAAGAGAUCCCACCACCAAUAAAUGCAAGGGUUAUGGUUUUGUGACCAUGACAAACUAUGACGAGGCUGUGGUGGCUAUUCAAUCACUGAAUGGCUACCAACUCAACGGACAAGUGCUGCAGGUCAGCUUCAAAACCAACAAAAGUAAAUCCUAAACUCUUCAAACUCUAGUCAAUAAAUUGUAGUUAAUGCAAAAUGUUGAUCAUUACCCUGUCAUGGUUUGUCAUCAGAUGAAAUAAUCACAGUAUUGACUAUGACAGUGAUGCAAAUCAUGACAUGACACCAAUUUUUACCCAGUGUUCAUGACUAAAGUACAAACAACAUCUCAUCACAGGAUAAAUUAACAUCACAACAAAACUCAAAUGUAUAAUGACACAAAUUGAAUUAGUUUCAUAACUGACUUCUUUAUCUUGUCUAUUAAGCUAGGCAUUCUCAGACAAUUUAAUUAUAAGUCCAUAAUUUACUGAAUGGGCUUUUAUAAUGUAUAAAGGAUGUAUUGGUGAGAUUAGGCCCAAUAUUAUGAACAUCUGUGGACAGAAUCAUUUAAGUAUAGCUGAAAACUGCUUGUAUGUUUCAUCAGCUUGUAUUAUGUUAUACAUUUUGAUGAUGUAAGUGACAUAGCAUAAAAUGACAGGGUAUUUAUUAUAACUAAACAUGUUUUUAUUUGUAAAGUAUCAACCAUCAAUUAGAAAUUAAUCAUUGUGAACAAUAUUCAGAAUUUAUAUUGUUUUCUUUUUUUUUACCCUGACAAAAAAAUUCGAUAAAAUUAAAAAUAUUUUAUUCUAGUCCAUAGAAUUUUUUUUAAAGUGGGCCAAAUCAAAUUUCUAUUUUGCCAAUCUCCUUUAAUAGUUUGCCAAUCUCUUUUUAUACAAAUAAUACAGUUGAUUAACUAGGUCAUAAUGUGCCAGCAUUUAUAUUACCUAACUUUGUAAAAGGGGUGUCAAUAUUUAGUCUGAUACUAAUCAUCCAUGUUAAAUGUCCUAAUUAUAGGUAAAAAAAUAUUAAUAGUUUAAAAAUAAGAUCGUAUUUUGUAUUAAUAAUGACUAUUUGGUACAGGCAACAUAGGAGUACAGACUUUACAAAGAAAAUUAAUGUGAAGCAUUCAAUAAUUAAAUAAAAUAUAAUCCAAGAUAAUAUAAUAUAGUUAAAUGUAUUUAAUUAAUUUUUAAUUAUAACACCAUUUACAGUCUGUAAUUCUAUCUUUAUAUAAUAAUACAUUUUACUUGAAUCCAGUGACAACAUUCAAGUAAUAAUAUACCUAAUGCUAUAUUGCCAAUCAUGUAAUCUUAGAAAAAAGAAAUGGCAAUGAAUCUGUAUUUUUUUGUUACACAAAGUACUAUGUUAUUAUUAGUAAUAAAUUAUGUCCCACUGAUGAUAGAUCAUUACCACAGAAUAAAAUAAUAUAUUCUAUUUAUUUUUACAUUGACUUUCAGUGCAAUAUUAAAAUUUUACUAUAAGUAAAAAUAUAAAGAAAAAAUAUAUUAAAAAUACCAGUGCAAUUAAUACAUCUAUUUAUUCAUGAAACAUAGUAACCCAGCAAUAAUAAAUUUUUAUAUAUUAUAUUUCUUUAUUGUACACUGAAUGUGUUUGUAGUCUACCAAAGAUGAAUGUGACUGAUUUAAAACACUAGUAAACAUUUUCAUAAUUGCAUUAUAAUUUCCCUAGAUACAUUUCUGUACAAUCAAUAACGAUCUAUCAUUACUAACUGACGACUUAUUAAUGAUAUAAUCAGGAGCUUGACUCAUGCACAAAAUCAUAAUUAAGUUGUAUGAAAAUUGUUAUCUUAGAGCCAUGUAAUAUAUUCUAUGUAAUUAAAAUAUAAAUUGCAAUCUUUUAUUUACAAAAAUUACCAUCUAUGGUUAGAAUAUUAUUUGAAUAAUCAAAUCAGGAACCUAUAAAUCUCAAAUCAAAAUCAUUAUGUUUAAGGACCAUGACGUAAAAAUAUAUUUGAUCAACAUUUUAAUAAAUGAAAAUUAAUGAAGUUUUGGAAUCUUUGAUAUGAUGCAUUCUAUUUGCGCAUACACAAUUUAUAAGGUAACGGUAGGAGUCAAGUUAAAAAUUAUUUGGAGGUGAUCAUCUCAAAUAUUUGCUUCAAGCAAUAUCUUAUUUGUUUAAAUUUUGUGAGGACUUCUAGAUAUUAGCAAUUUCUGAAUAAAGAAACAGCUAUUUCUAAUGUCUACCUAAUUCACAUGCUUUUGUAGUGUAUUGAUGCAGAGCAUUACAACUUGGCAAUUGACUGAUGACAUUUUGAGAAAUUGACAUGCGAUUAUCUUUAACAAUUUGACAUUAAUGAUAUUGUCUCUCUAAUUCAUUUUGAUUGUAUAAUCACUAUUUAUUACUACAUUUAAGUAAUGUAUAAUUAAUAAUUUAUUAUCGUAUUAGUGAAUAGUACUAGUUAUUAUAUAGAUUUCUUUUGAUGUUAUAAUUAAUAUAUUGUAUUAGUGUAAGUUCAAAAUUAGUUCAGUAUACAUUAAUCUGUAAUUCAACCUUUAUACCCUUACUCCUUGGAGAUUCCCUCUGAGGCUUUCUCUUAUGUAUCUAACACGAAUAUACAUGUUUAGUAGUUUGAUGUCUACAUAGCUAAAUUAUUUCUAGAUAAACAAUAAACGCAUAUCAUUGAAAAGAACUGUUGAGGUCAGAAACUCUCAUAUUAAAUGAAUGGGGCUUAAAAUGCAUUUCGUAUUAAGUAUUUUAUAAUUUCUAAUGUUUAGCAUUCAUCAGUUAUGUUGCCGAUUCUGAUUGUCUUGCCAUGGUUAUGUAAUUUUAAUUCAAUAUAUUAAUUAGCUUAAAACAUAAAUAUUCAUACAGUUAUUACAUAUUUAGUCACUAUGACCUAUUAUUAUGUUUGUGAAUAAUUGACAGACUUAUUGAAUUUAAAUUGAUUGUGUGAACAAAUAAAAACAAAUAAACUAACAAGCAAUAUAACUGAUGUGUGUUUAAAAGGAUUAUACUGAUAAGGAUAAAUGUUUCAUUAAGAUUAAAUAAUAAUUAUUAUUUAUUUAAAGUACUUAAAUUCAUUGAACUAGUCAGUUAUAAUUUUGCGCAACGUUAAAUCUUUAAGUACAUUAAGUAUUUAAAAUAAUAAAAGAACUGUGUUCUGUAAUUUAAAUCAUAGUUUAGGAUUUGGUUUAAAAUUAUGUUGGUGUGGUGUUUAAUUGUAAGUAAUGAAAAAAAAAAUUAUGAAGCACACAUAAAAGUAACAAUAACAUAUGGUGUGUACAUAACUAGUCACAAAUACAUAUAAUUUUAUGUGUAUCUCGCAAUAGUUUUUGCUUUUAAUGUUUUGGGCGGUAGUUUACUACACUAUUAAUUUAAAAGGUAUUAAAAUAAAGAAAGAAAAUUAUUUAUUAUUUUUACUUGGCCAGUAAAACUUAACACAAUAAAAAAAAAACGCACUGACCAACUAAAGGUCUCCCACUUAGCAGAAAGCUGCAGGUAGCUGCAGAGAUAGCUUUCAGUGGCAGCCAUUUGAAAAAUAAAAUCAAUAUUCAUUUAUUUCAAGUACAUUAGAAGUACAUAUAAAGUACAAGCACUGUUAAAACUUGUUGAGCCGUGAUAGCCCAGUGGAUAUGACCUCUGCCUCCGAUUCCGGAGGGUGUGGGUUCGAAUCCGGUCCGGGGCAUGCACCUCCAACUUUUCAGUUGUGUGCAUUUUAAGAAAUUAAAUAUUACGUGUCUCAAUCGGUGAAGGAAAACAUCGUGAGGAAACCUGCAUACCAGAGAAUUAUCUUAAUUCUCUGCGUGUGUGAAGUCUGCCAAUUCGCAUUGGGCCAGCGUGGUGGACUAUUGGCCUAACCCCUCUCAUUCUGAGAGGAGACUCGAGCUCAGCAGUGAGCCGAAUAUGGGUUGAUGUCGACUGUUAAAACAUGAAGGUUGACUAUUUAUAAUGACUACCAGCUGUUCUGCUGAGAAGACCUGGUAAGAAACUCGACAGUUGCUCUUUUAAAAAAUCAUAUAAUUUGAAAAUGGUAUUAUUAAAAUAACUACGAUUAUUCUUUCAUACAUAAUGCAUACAUUUUUAAUUGAUUAUUUUUAUUUUUUAUUAUCAUUUUAUUAAUUCUUGAUUUUAAACAUUUUAAUCUUAUGCUGAUGACAUUGAAAACCUAUCAAAAUUUGACCAAUUGCUCUAUACUGACAGCGCAUAAUCGGUUUUUAUGUGCUGCUGUGAAUUAGAUGGAGAGGUCAUAAAUUCAUAAACAUUAUUGAGUUACUUUAAGAAAUAUAGUAUAUUCAAUGUACAGAUAUAGCCUGUUAUGGUUUAUAUUAGCCAUAGAUAGAAGUAAUAGUGAUAUAAUACAAGUGUCAUUAUUGUUAUUUGAUUGUAUCCAAAUAUCUCCACAUUUCUAAGGAAAGCUGGUUUCUGUACAACUGAUUUAGCAUCAUUUUUUAUCAUUAAAAAUGAAACUCUUGAAAAAUCAUAAAAAUGCCAUAUUGGUAAUUCUGUGACACCUCAAUUAAAUAUGCUCUCGAAUUUAACCAACCUAAGAAAUUAUAAUAUUUAACUCGAAUAAUGUAGGUAUAUAGAACCUCAAUUUAUAUCAAUCUUGAAUAAAAAAUAAAUAUUAAUGUGAUGCUCAAACUAAAAUAAAAAUAUCGUCCAAAAUAUUAUAAGCAACGAAUUGAAAAUAGCAUAGUUAGUGUUGUGUUGUCCCUGACUUGAAAUCUACAUGCUUAUAAAAACGAAUGAUCAAGCACAGUUAAAGAAAGUUCACGCCAAUGUUUUUUGCAGUCAUCAACAUUUCUGCUUUAAGGAAUUAGCCAUUUUUAUGAAAGUGCUGGCCACAUUUGUUGAAAUGGCUGAAACCCAAGUGGAAAAUGUAUGGCAAACACACCUGUCCCAUAAUUUUAUUGUUUUGCUCUUAGUUUUUCGUGCUAUUUAUUUGUGUUUUAGUAUAAUAUCAGUUUACGACUAACAUUAUUCAAUUUUAAGUGUUUAUUUAUCUCUUACAUUUAAUAGCUUUUGUUUAAUUUUUUUUUUCUGGGCAGGUUUGGGUAUCGUAAGGUUUGGCCUAGGACGUAGGUAGCAUUGUAAGACAGAGUACAAAAUCGCCGACAAAAUGUUUUGAAUGUUUGGCUUACAAUACAUUAAUCUUGAAAAUGUCAACGAAUGUAAUCUGAGUAGGGCAUAAUGAUAUAGACAUUAAAUAUCGACAUUAGCAAUAAUGUACUAAUAAUAA